AUGAGUGAGUCGACCAACUCCUCGAUCUUCGUGCUCCUCGAUGGCAAGGAAGCCUACCUCCGCAUCACGGAGGACUGCCUUGUUCUCCAAUACGCACACGAAGACGAACCAAGACAGUGUAAGACCUUCCAAAUAUGUCCGCCGUCGAUAUGUAUAUGUCGAUCCAAGAAGCGGACGAGACCGAGGGCAGUGAUGUUACGAGACAUCCUCUGGGCGGAAGCAAGCAAUGGCACUCUGGAAAUCAACUACGCGAAGCACACGUCAAAGACUGAGGUCGCACCAGCGACUAGGAAGUAUCAACUCAUGUUCGACAACCAAAGCGGGGCGCAAAUGUGGAUCGAACAGCUGCUGGAAGCGAGUUACGGGAAGUCCCUCCAACGCAAGCGCCUGAAAGUCCUCAUCAACCCCUUCUCUGGUCCCGGCAACGCAAAUACAGUCUGGAAAAUCCACGCCAACCCCCUCUUUCUUGCCGCACACGUCACUCUCUCCAUAACCCAUACGAAAUACAGAGAACACGCCAUCACUAUCGCUGAAGAGCUGGAUAUCGACGCUUACGAUGCAAUUGUCUGUGUUUCUGGUGAUGGGUUACCGCAUGAGGUGUUCAAUGGGUUAGCGAAGAGGAAGGAUGCGAGGAAGGCAUUGAAGGUGCCGGUGGUGUUACUGCCGGGUGGGUCGGGGAAUGGGAUGACCAUGUCGACGUUUGGGACGCCUACGGUAUCUCACGCCGCACUAGCAAUGAUCAAGGGUAUCUAUACCCCGAUUGAUCUCUGUUCCGUUACGCAGGGAUCGAAACGGACGUUAUCCUUCUUGACACAGAGUUUUGGGAUUAUCGCGGAUUGUGAUUUGGGGACGGAAGGAUUGAGGUGGGCUGGGGGACAGAGGUUUGUGAUGGGGUUGGUGCAGAGGGUGUUGGGGUUGAAGGUGUAUCCGUGUGAUGUUGCGGUGAAAAUCAUUGAUUCGGAUAAAGAUACAAUCAAGCGGAAGAUCAAGUACGACGUCCGGAAGCAGUUCAACACGAAGGAGGAUGGGGACGCGACCGAAGGCAUACCCGACCUGGCGUUCGGUACAGUACAAGACCCGGUGCCAAGUGAUUGGACGGUCGUCAAAUACGAGGACCUAACGAAUUUCUACGCCGGGAAAUGUCCAUGGGUGAGUAUGGAUUCCUGCUUCUUCCCCGCCGCAAUAACCGACGACGGCCUCCUCGACCUCGUCAUCGUCCGCGCCCCAAAAUCCCAUCAAUCGUCCGUCUCCGCCGACGGCUCCCACUCCGCACUCCUCCCACCCCCAGCUGGAAGGUGGCAGAGUAUCAAAUACCUCACAGCAACAGAAGAAGGCGGAAAGCAUUUCAAUAUGGAUUGUGUUAGUUAUUUGAAGGUUGCUGGGUUUAGGUUGACGCCAAGGAAGAGGGAGGGGUAUGUUAGUAUUGAUGGGGAGCCGAUUUUGCAUGAGGCGUUUCAGGUUGAGGUUCAUCAGGCGUUGGGGGCGACGUUGACUGUUGAUGGGAAGUUUUAUCAGGGACAUUCGCAGACUUGGCCGUAG